AUGGCUGCGGACGAGCUUGCAUCCAGGCUGAACCGGCGGCUGAGGAUGGGGGACCCGGAGGAGGCUGAGCGGGAGCCUCCGAGCAUGAGGGUCUUCAACCCGUACACCGAGUUCAAGGAGUUCAGCAGAAAGCAGAUCAAGGACAUGGAGGGGAUGUUCCGGCGGUAUGAUGCGGGUAAGGAUGGCUUUAUCGAUCUCAUGGAGCUGAAGCGGAUGAUGGAGAAAUUAGGAGCACCACAAACCCACCUGGGCCUUAAGGACAUGAUUAAAGAAGUGGAUGAAGAUUUUGAUGGAAAACUCAGCUUCAGGGAGUUUCUAUUAAUUUUCCGCAAAGCUGCUGCAGGGGAGUUGGAGGAGGACAGCGGGCUGCAUGCUCUUGCGAGACUCUCAGAAAUAGAUGUUUCCAUUGAGGGUGUGAAAGGAGCAAAAAGCUUUUUUGAAGCAAAGGUACAAGCCAUCAAUCAUGGCAGCAGAUUUGAGCAAGAGAUCAAAGCUGAACAAGAAGAAAAAAAGAGACAAGCGGAAGAAAAAGAACAGAGAAAAGCUGCAUUCAAAGAGCUACAGUCUGCCUUUAAGCCAUAAAACAGAGAACUAUUUUCAUAGCAUGCACAGAUAAAUCUAUAAAGUGGAGUUUGCUAAAUCAUGUUCAUCCGCUGUUUUAUAACCACUGCUAGCACACACAGCCAAAGGCUGCAUGCAGUGCUCCAUAAACAUGUGGACAUCCAAGAUAAGGCACUCCUAUAAAAUAUUUUACAAAAAUAUAAAAAUCUCUAAUUUAUUGCUUAUGGUUGUAUGGACCAAUAAAGUGAAUCAUUUUAUUAUUGAUUUCCAUAAGUUUUUUCUUAUUUUGUUGCAGACACAGUACUUUUUUACAUCAUUAUAUUGCUGUUUUAUGUGAAAUGUAAAUAAAGAAUCAUGUACUUGAAAUUCUUU